GCGGUCUUCUAGAAGGGUCCCACUUGGGGAAAGAGCAAAGACGAUAGAGUUGAGACUUGAGCCGCCACUUCCGUCCACUCAGUUCCGAUCUCUGCCGGAGUUCUGGGCGAGAAAGGAUUAGAAAAAAAGGCGGAGGAAGACCGACCUAAGCUGAGUUUUCUCUGGCGCUGCCGGCAGAGAAGCAAGAAGGAGCGACGGUAUGUCAGAAUACAGCAAGAGUUCCCCAACAAUUGAUGAACUUCACCAGGCUCCAAAAGAAAUCCAGUCUGACUCUGAGGCGUGCUCAAUGGCUCAGGAAUCCCCCAAAACUUCAGCAGCAGAGAUUUCUGUGACAAGCAAUGGAGAAUUGGAAGACAUACAUGAGCUCGACUAUAACAGGGAGCUGAAGCGUUCUUUGCCAGCUGGACUUGGCUUGUCCGAAACACAGAUCACGUCUCAUGGCUUUGACAGUACCCAGGAAGGGGCUAUUGCAGUUGGACCUUUUCAAGGUCCCUCAUCAUUACCCAUGUCUCCUGUUAUAUCGCCUAGCAGUGCUGCAGCCUGCAGACUGGCUGGACAAGGGAAUGAUUUAGUUAUUCCCAAAGGCAAUCCAAGAAUGCAGCAGAAAAGUGGACCCGUUGUUCUAGCAGAGGAAGUAAAGAAUCCAGCUAUGGAAAAACUGGAGCUUGUAAGAAAAUGGAGUUUAAAUACAUACAAGUGUACUCGUCAAAUAAUCUCAGAGAAGCUGGGCCGGGGAUCACGAACCGUAGAUCUUGAGUUAGAAGCUCAAAUUGAAAUAUUGAGGGAUAACAAAAAGAAGUAUGAGAAUGUCUUGAAACUGGCGCAAACUCUAUCAACUCAACUUUCCCAGAUGGUGCAUACUCAAAGACAGCUUGGAGAGGCCUUUGCAGACUUAAGUUUGAAAUCAUUAGAACUCCAUGAGGAAUUUGGAUACAAUGCAGAUACACAGAAGCUACUUGCUAAAAAUGGUGAAACUCUGCUUGGCGCAAUUAAUUUUUUUAUAGCUAGUGUGAACACUUUGGUAAAUAAAACUAUUGAGGAUACUCUACUGACGGUGAAGCAGUAUGAAACUGCCAGGAUUGAAUAUGAUGCUUAUCGUACAGAUCUAGAAGAACUGAAUCUUGGCCCCCGUGAUGCUAAUACUUUGCCAAAGAUAGAGCAAUCACAACAACUAUUCCAAAUACAUAAAGAGAAAUAUGACAAAAUGCGCAGUGAUGUAUCAAUUAAAUUGAAAUUUUUAGAGGAAAAUAAGGUGAAGGUGCUGCACAAUCAACUUGUUCUGUUCCACAAUGCCAUUGCAGCCUAUUUUUCAGGAAAUCAAAAGCAGCUUGAACAGACCCUUAAACUAUUCCAUAUCAAAUUGAAAAUACCUGGAGUGGAUGCUCCUUCUUGGCUCGAAGAUCAGUAAUUGAACCACGCACAGAGAUCCAUUGUUUCAGCCCAGGAUCUUCUAUAUCCUGGAAGAAUCAAGAAGCUUUUCUAUAAGAAGGACUGUUUGUAGUGAUACUUGCACAAGCAGCUUUAAUUCCUCCCCCUCUCCAAUAAUGAAUACUAUAAUAAUUUGGCAGGGUGGAUGGGUGUAACCAAAUUAAUGUCAUUUCAGAAUCAAAAUAUUUUGUAUUUAAGGGUGAAUGGUUUUCUGUAGUAGGGAAGUAUAGAUUUGCACUGACAUAAAUAUUUGUGAUCUUUGGUAACCGUGGCAAGUAGAAGGUGAGAAAUUUUCCAAAAGAGAUGCUCAUGAUUUAUAUAUGAUAUUUUAUAUAAAUGUAUUAAACCUCUACAGAUUCUUUUUCAUAUAACUGUGUUCAAAAAGUAUUUUUUUAAAAAAACAUUAAGGCCUUUGAACAGCUUAAUCCACAAAAUCAGUGACUCACUGACAAUGUGGAUUUGCAAAAAAUAGACCAUUUUUACACCUAGAUCUUUUUAUUAUAUGAUUAGAAAACACUAGAGGUUGAGUUUCCAUUUUGAGCUGAAUCCAUUUUUUAUCAUUAUAAAGGAACCACUUAAGAAAGGAGUCUUAGUUGUACUACUUCAACGUUUAACUUUCUAUGAAAUCAUACCUUACUUGUCUUAAAUUCAAAAGUGCCUUGUGAAACACGCUUUCUCCUCUUCUAUACAAAAUAUAACAUCUUUACAAAACCCUUUCUAGAUUUAUGGUUUUUUUUAAAGAGACUAAGGCCAGUCUAGUUUGUGUUCUUCUGUUUGACUCGCAGACCAUGUCACUUGACAGGGACAUAGUCUGUUUUCGAAUCAGUAGCUAUUGCAAGUACAAGUUUGUUACUUUAUCAUAGCUAUUCAAAAUUUAUUGUUUUGGAGCAUCAUUGUUUGCACACUUUCUACUGCUUUUUCUGUUUAUACAAAUGAAGUACUUAAAAUAACUUAUCUCAGCUAAACGAAUUGUAUAAUUAUGUAUUAUAUGUUGAAACCAAUUAAGUUGCUUUUUAAAUGGUUUUGUUUCAAUCUUAAAGUAAAAUGUUUAUCAAGUAUACCGUAAAUCAUUCCUCAUUGCAUUCUUGUCCAUUAUGGUGGUUUUUUUGCCAGGUUAUUUCUUGAAGUAAAAUUGGUUGCUGUUUCCCAGAGUAUGGUUCAUUAUUAGCACUUAUUCACACCAAGAGAAAUUAGCACAAUACAUAUAUACCUAGAAGUAAAGUCUAUCUAGGGCAGGGCUGUCAAACUCUCGGCCCACAGGCCAGAUGUGUCACACGCUGCUCAUGCCCGGUUUAGCGAAUGGGGGAAAGUCACGAAACGUCACGUGAUGAUGCCGUGACAAUGCGAGUUUGACACCUCCCCCCCAAAUCUGGGGUCUUGCCUAAAACCAAAAAAAAUACUUUGUAGUUUGUUUCUUGUAACUAGAGAUUUAAUGCUUUGAUUUUUAUUAACACUGAAGAAUAAAGUAUCUUUUAUUGUU